AUGGUGCAGCCGACCGAGAACCAUGACGAUGCGUCAUCCUGGCCGCCGGGAACACUUACUUUGGAAGAUUUACAAUCCGCGUCCGAGACCGUCAUUCUACACCCAACACCGUCCUCGGAUCCGAACGAUCCGUUAAAUUGGACACGUUGGCGCAAAACCGUCAACUUUACGCUCGUCUGUUUCUACAUCUUCCUGACCUUUGUCCAGCUCGAUGUCGGCUUCACCUCGUGGGACCAGUACCAGGCCGAGCUCGGCUUCUCCAUCGACUUUCUCAACGCCGCCGCCGCCAUCAACUAUGCCGGUCUCGCUGUCGGCUGCGUCUUUCUCGUCCCCUUUGUGCACAAGUACGGUCGCCGCCCCAUGUACAUCUUCAGCACGCUGCUGCAGCUGCUCUCCUGCGUGUGGCUUGGCGCGACGCGCACCCGCGGCGACAUGAUUGGCAGCAACCUCCUCUCCGGCAUUAGCGGCGCUAUUAGCGAGACGAUUGUGCAAAUCACCAUUGCAGACCUGUUCUUCGUGCAUCAUCACGGAGCCAUGAAUGGUUGGUACCUGUUUGCCACCUUUACCGGCGCAUACCUAGGACCUGUCGCAUCUGGCUAUGUCGUAAAUAGCCAAGGCUGGCGCUGGGUCUGGUGGUGGUGUGUCAUCUUGUUCGCUGUUAAUCUAGUAUUGAUCAUCUUCUUCUUUGACGAGUCCAAGUAUAUCACCAUCAUCCAAGGCCAAUCGGGCUCCCGCUCCAUCACGGCGAGGGACAGCCGGGAGCCUGGGACGGUGCAGGUUGUCAGCGAUGGGCUUGAAAAACGCGAUAUGGAGAUGAAAAGGGUGGAAUCUACAACCAUGCAGAGUGUUUCUGUCAACUCUCACAUAGAUUCUACAAUUCCCCUCAAGACCCGUCGCCAGCGGCUUGCCUUGGUAACGAAAACGGAUGGGUCGAUGAUGCGGGACUUUUACCAGCCCCUGGUUCUCCUCUUCACCUUUCCUGCUAUCACGUUUAUUGCCUUGACCUAUGGCAGCUUACUGGCCUGGUUUGCUGUCACCACCUCUGUGCAGGCGACAUAUCUCUUCAACCCACCCUACAACUUCACUGCCGCCGGUGUUGGGUUGAUGAACAUUGCCCCAUUCAUCGGCACCAUUCCCGCUAUCUGGGUUGGUGGAUACUUGAACGACAAGUCCAUUCUAUGGCUCGCCCGGCGAAAUGGAGGCAUAUAUGAGCCCGAGAUGCGUCUCUGGAUGGCGAUUCCAAUGGCCUUUGUGACACCUGCCGGGAUCCUCAUGUUUGGAUUGGGGCUUUCAUAUUUGACCUUUUCCCAGGAAGCACCUUGGCCACUACUGGCUGUUGGUUUCGGCGUUUUUGGGUUUGGUCUCGUCGUCGCUGGCGACAUUGGACUCUCGUAUGCUAUGGAUUGCUAUCACGAUGUUAUAGGAAAUGCCUUGGUCGGUGUUGUUUUCACGCGCAACGCCAUUUCCGUGCUCGUCCUCUUUGCUCUCACGCCUUGGAUCGACGCCGUGGGACUACGCAACCUCCACAUCAUGAUUUCCGUUUUCUGCUGUAUUCUCCUGCUUCUGCCUGUAGCACUCAUUAAGUGGGGGAAACGGGCCAGAAUCGCAACGGCGGUGCGCUACAGAAAGAUGGCUCACCGACAGCCAACGCACCGUGACAGCUGA